GGACGAUCAGAGAGCAGCUGUUUCGCAGUGGCUCCGCUGAGCUGUAAGUCCCAAGAAGAAGUGCCAGGUCACAAAGUGCCAAAGUCACCACGUCUACCAUCAGUCUACGUAUAGUAAACAAUUCAAUGUCGAACGCUCACUCGCCGAAGAUAUUAGAGCGUGGGGACACCGGGACAUGGCUCACAUGGUGAGGCCCACUAAAGUAAAGAUGAGCGUGCUGCUCUAAUGGGCCCCCAUUCAUUUUCAUUUACGUCACUCGUCUUCUACAAAACCAGAGUCCCCUCGUCCUCGACUGUCACAUUUCAGACGCGCCACCACGUGUCAAAAAGCUUUAAUUAUUCUCUUCUAAGUGUGCACUUAGCGAGAUUACUACUCUAACUCUACUACUGCUCUCUGCUGCUAGCCUACUAUAAACUUAUAACAACGACAAAGACCUGAGAAAUGAGAAUCACUGACUAAUCGUCUCUCUCUCUCUCUCUCUCUCGUUCUUUCUCUCGUUGGCUCUUUGCCUCUUUUCAAUGAGGUAUUCUUGGUGUUCAAGAUGGCUUCUCUUCCUUGCUUGGACUUCAUUACAGGUCGUAACUCACGGCGGUCUCCCCGGAACAUGGGAACUCCUUGUCCCAAACGUUGGCAUAGCGUCCAUGCACACGGCCGUUACCCAUUAUGGCACCGUCGUCCUCCUCGACCGCACCAACAUCGGCCCAUCACGGAGAAUGCUCCGCAAGGGCCACUGUCGCUUUGACCUCAAGGACAGGGUCCUCAAACACGACUGUUACGCCCACUCCGUUCUCUUUGACCCUGCCACCAACCAAAUCCGACCCUUGAUGAUCCUCACCGACACCUGGUGCUCGUCCGGCCAGUUCCUCCCCGACGGUACCCUCUUACAAACUGGCGGCGACCUCGACGGCUUGAAGAAAAUCCGAAAGUUCGCGCCCUGCGAACCCGAUAAGCUCUGCGACUGGGAAGAACUUGACGACGUUGAGCUGGCUGCCGGCAGGUGGUACUCCACUAACCAGAUAUUACCGGACGGUUCGAUCAUUAUCGUCGGUGGUCGAGCCGCCAGUAGCGUUGAAUUCUAUCCGCCCAAGAAGCACGGCGCCGUGGUGUUACCGUUCCUUGCUGACGUGGAGGAUAACCAGAUGGACAACCUCUACCCUUACGUUCACCUCCUCCCCAACGGUCACCUCUUCAUCUUCGCCAAUAACAAGGCCGUUUUGUACGAUUACGUCACCAACAGUAUCGUGCGAGACUAUCCGCCGUUGGAUGGGGGCCCACGUAAUUAUCCAUCGGCUGGAUCCUCGGCGAUGCUCGCACUCCAAGGGGAUUACUCGACCGCCGUGAUCGUUGUUUGCGGUGGCGCCCAGUACGGCGCAUUUAUCGAGCGGAGCACGGACACUCCGGCGCAUGGUAGCUGCGGGCGCAUUGUAGCGACGGACCCCAAACCGGGUUGGGAGAUGGAAGACAUGCCGUUCGGGCGGAUCAUGGGCGACAUGGUGAUGCUUCCGACCGGAGAUGUGUUGAUCAUCAACGGAGCUCAAGCCGGAACUCAAGGGUUUGAGAUGGCCUCCAACCCGUGCUUGUACCCGGUUCUUUAUCGACCGGAUCAACCGGUCGGUUUACGUUUCAUGACUUUGAACCCCGGGACAGUGCCGAGGAUGUAUCAUUCAACGGCGAAUCUGCUGCCGGACGGUAGAGUAUUGGUGGCGGGAAGCAAUCCGCACUACUUCUACAAGUUCGAAGGAGACUUUCCGACAGAGCUGCGGCUAGAAGCAUUCUCGCCGGAGUAUCUAUCACAAGAUCGCGCGAAUCUGCGACCCGUCAUUGAGGACUCUCCGAAGAGGAUACGUUACGGAGAUGCGUUCGAGGUGGUGAUAUCGGUUUCGUUGCCGGUGGUGGAGAAGGUGGAAGUGAACUUCGCCAGCGCCCCUUUCGCGACCCACUCAUUCUCGCAAGGGCAGAGAUUGGUAAAGUUAACGGUUUCGUCUGCCAUCCCUGAAUCAGGAGGACGGUACAGGAUAAGCUGCACGGGUCCACCAGGCGCUAAGGUUGCUCCGCCGGGGUACUACAUGGCAUUUGCGGUCAAUCAGGGCGUGCCAAGUGUCGCAAGGUGGAUACAGUUGUCGCCUUAGCUUCCUUAUCAUUAACGUUUAUAAUUUAUAAUAUUUUUUCUUUUGUAAAUUCGCAGCCAAAUGGCAUGUAAGCAUAUCCAUGUGCCACGGUAUUACUUCUGUCGAUGUAAGUACAAUAAUGGCGUCAAAUAACGCCAAAAGGUGUAAUUAUUUAUUUAAAAAUAUAGAAUUAAUAUGGUCUUCGUCGGUA